ACAUUUCUGCGCAGCAGCCAGCUUCUGUCGCGCCCUUGGCGACUUUGCAUAGAUAGCACCGCUACUUCCGGAUCUUUUAUUACUGCUAUUCUUAUAAUACUCGCUAAGUUCGCUACUUCCUCGUACAUAGCGAAUAGAGGAACUGACCACCGCGACGGGACACAGCCCGCUAUUUUACGGAGUAAUUUUAUUUAAUCGUUAAAACCAUGAAUUAGCUUACUUAAAAGGCAAUCUCACAGUGUGGAAAUCUAAAGUUUUCCAUUAGAGGGCGGGCACCCUGACUGACGGAGCAGCGAUGGCGGGCCGUGUGCAGCAGGGGGAACUGACGGAGUACAAGAAGAGCCUGAUCAAGCGGGACCUGGAGAUGGGCAUCGUGAUGACGGUGUUCAGGCAGCGGAUGGAGCGGCUGUCCGUGCAGGUCAUCAUGGAGACCCGGCAGGUGGCCUGGACACGCACCGCCGACAAGACCGACGGCGUCCUGGACCUACCUGAGAUUCGGGAGGUUCGCCCAGGGAAGAACUCCAAGGACUUUGAACGAUUUAAAGACUACAAGGAUAAGUAUGAUGACAGAACCUGCUUCACCAUCUUUUAUGGAUCCCAGUUUGUCCUUCAGACAUUGAGCCUUGCAGCUGAUACAGUGGAGGACGCAGAGAAAUGGCUGUUGGGCCUGGAGCUGCUGAGACAGGAGGCGCUGGAGGCUCCAACCCCCGAUAUAAUCGAGAGGUGGUUGAGGAAGCAGAUGUAUUCUAUCAGUCAGACGAAGAAGAACAGCAUCACAAUGAAGGAGCUGAAGUCUCUCCUGCCACAUUUGAACCUGAAAGUUCCUGGUGCCCGCUUUCUGAAGGAUAGGUUUGCGGAGAUAGGUGCGAGGAAAGAUGUCCUGGACUUUGAGCAGUUUCAUAAGUUCUACAACAUCUUAAUGUUUGAAAAUCAGAAGAGUAUUUUGGAGGAGUUUAAGAAGGAAUCUUGUGCUUUCAUUAUGGGUAACACAGACAGACCCGAAGCCUCUGUUGUUUCCUUGUUUGAUUUCCAGCGUUUCCUCCUUCACCAGCAGAAGGAGGCGUGGGCGAAUGACCUGAACCAGGUGAGGGAGCUGAUGACGACCUUCAUCGAUGACACAAUGAGGAAGACUAACGACCCUGAGUUCACAGUAGGCGAGUUCCUCCAUUUUCUGUUCUCCAAGGAGAAUUCACUCUGGGAUGAGAAGUUCUCUGAGGUUUGCACUCUGGACAUGAACAAUCCACUGUCCCACUACUGGAUAAACUCCUCCCACAACACGUACUUGACGGGGGACCAGUUGCGGAGCGAGUCAUCCACAGAGGCCUACGUGCGAUGCCUACGCCUGGGCUGCCGCUGUAUAGAGCUGGACUGCUGGGACAGUCCGCUUGGGCCCAUUAUCUACCACGGCUGGACCAGGACCACCAAGAUCAAGUUUGAGGACGUGGUGAAGGCCAUUAAUGAGCAUGCCUUUGUCGCAUCGGAAUACCCGCUGGUGCUCUCGAUCGAGGAGCACUGCAGCCUUGUCCAGCAGAGGCAGAUGGCGCGGAUCUUCAGGGACGUGUUCCAGGACAAGCUGCUGACGGAACCCGUGGAGCUCAUCGCCGAUCAGCUGCCCUCCCCCACCCAGCUCAAGGGCAAGAUCAUCAUAAAGCAUAAGAAGCUGAGCAUGGCAGAUGACCUGGGCCGCACGGAUGCCGGCUUUGGCCGGGGAGACCUGCGGAAGGGGGAAAAGCAGGGAGACCUUUACAUCUGGGACCCUGUGGACCAGCGAUGGAACCGGCACUACUGUGUGAUCUCAGACGAUAUGCUGUACUACGCUGAGGAGUACGAGGAGGAGGACGAGGAGCCCAGGAAGGGCAUGAGGCCGUCGGAGCUGCAUUACAACGAGCCCUGGUUCCACGGGCGCAUGUCAGAGGGCCGGCAGACCGCAGAGCGCCUCCUGCAGGAGUUCUGCGCCGAGUCGGGGGGGCUCGACGGCACCUUCCUGGUGCGGGAGAGCGACACCUUCGUCACAGACUUUACUCUCUCCUUCUGGCGUGGAGGGAGGGUGCAGCACUGUCGAAUCCGCUCUGCCUCCGAGGGGGGACACACGGUGUACUACCUGACGGAGAACCUGCACUUCUCCAGCGUGUACGGGCUGAUCGAGCACUACCGGCAGAACCCCCUCCGCUGCGCAGACUUUGACCUCCGGCUCACUGAUGCUGUGCCACGCCCCAACAGGCACCUCUCAGAGAACUGGUUCUACAGUAAUCUGAGCAGAGGGGAGGCAGAGGACAUGCUGAUGCGUAUUCCGCGUGACGGAGCCUUCCUCAUCCGGCAGAGAGAGGACGGUGACUCCUUUGCCAUCACAUUCAGGGGUGACGGUAAGGUGAAGCACUGCCGUAUUCAGAAGGAGGGCUCCAUGUUUGUCCUGGGAUCCUCCACCGAGUUCGAGAGCCUGGUGGAGCUUGUCAGCUACUUCCGCAAGAAGCCCCUCUACCGCAAAAUCAAACUGCGCUACCCCGUCACUGAGGAGCUGGUGACCCGGUUCAGCGCGGAAAGUAACUCUUCCUCCAUCUAUGAGCAAAAGAUGUACGUGGAACCCAACGAGAUUGAGCCAGCCCUGCCCCAGAGCUCUGUGAAGGCACUGUAUGACUACAGAGCACUCCGGCAAGACGAGCUCAGUUUCUCCAAGGGAGCCUUCAUUCACAACGUGACCAAGGACAGCAGCAGCUGGUGGAAAGGGGAUUACGGCGGGAAGCUGCAGCACUUCUUUCCUGCAAACUAUGUAGAGGAGGUGUCUAACAACAAGACCGUGGAGUCAAGAGACCAAGUGAAAGAGGACAACCCACUGGGUGACCUGUGUAAGGGUGUGGUCGAGCUCUCCAAAUGCUGCGUUGUGCGGUCGCAGCAAGCCAAGAGCGGCAUGUCAUACGUGCUCACACUGCAGCUCAAGGACGACGACAGCAUGCUGCCCUUCGACAUCGCCACGGAUACGGUCGAGGACCUGUUCGAGUGGCACCAGGUGGUGUGGGACGCCGCCCAGCGCGAGAUCAACAAGCAGUACAAGAUCACCAAGCAGAAAGAGAACGAGAAGAAAGAUGAGGUUGCGAUCGAGAUGUCUGAGCUGGUGGUGUACUGUACGCCCCGCAGCAAAGAAAAGGAAUGCUUUGACACCUACACCUACAAGGAAAUCCGCUCCUUCGUAGAGAACAAGGCACCAAUGAGGGUAAGGGCGAAGGAGUUCCUCAAAUACAACAACAAGGCCUUGAGCAGAGUGUACCCCAAGGGCCAGCGUGUGGACUCCUCCAAUUACGACCCUUACCCGCUCUGGCUCUGUGGCUCCCACAUGGUGGCGCUCAACUUCCAAACUGGCGAUAAGUGCAUGCAGCUCAACAGCGCCCUCUUCUCUCUGAAUGGACAGACUGGGUACGUGCUCCAGCCAGAGCUGAUGCGCUCAGACGGUUAUGACCCAUACCCAAUGCCAGACAAGAAGAAGGUCAAAUACACCGUCACAGUUCGAGUGAUUGCAGCCAGGCACCUGCCCAAGACGGGCCGAAGUAUUGUUAGCCCCUUUGUGGAGAUAGAGCUGUGUGGAUACAGCGCGGAGGACAGCAAGUUCAAGACCAUCGUCCGACAUGAUAAUGGGCUGAAUCCAGUGUGGCCAGCACCUCCAGAGCCGGUCGAGUUCAUGGUAUAUGAGCCAGAGUUGACCUUCCUGCGUUUCGUAGUCAAUGAGGAGGACAUGUUCUCUGAUCCAAACUUCCUAGCCCAGGCAACCUUCCCUUUCAAAGGCAUCCGGUCAGGUUAUCGGUCAGUUCCACUGAAGAACGGUUUCAGUGAGAAUAUUGAGCUUGCAUCCCUUCUGGUCUACAUUGAUGUGGAAGCGGUGGAGAAAGCAGAGGAGGAGCUGUAUUCAUCAUUCAACCAACUGCGAAGGAGACAGGCGGAGCUGAGCAAUGAGCUGUUCCUGUACGACAGCCACAGCGGCCUGCAACGCUGUACCCAGCCGCAACGCCGUGACGACCUAAUGCAAGAGUUCAGCUCUAACGAGAGCCAGCUGCAUAAGAUCCAGGACACCUGCAGACAGAAGAUGAAGGAUAAGAAGAUCAACAACAGCACGUUUUACUCGUGAACCAGGCUCCCUCACUCGUGUUCUGUCUCCCUCUCUGGACCCCUCACUUUCCCUCCUCCCUUCUCUGCUCUUGAAUAUUGUGCAUUCCUAGUGCAUAUGAUGCCGUUCUACUCUACUGCAAACCUGCCCCCAUUUUAUAUGUUAAAGUAAACAAUGUUAAAUGAAGAUCCAGUGAAGCGAUAUGCACCUUUGUAUACAUGCCAAAGAUCACUUUGCAGUCACUUUUUGGACUUUGCUUCAGUUUGUGUGAACUUAUUUGACCCCGUUUUUGUUAUUUUAAAUAAAUAUAUUACUUUUUGUCUCUUUCUCCAUUAGAA